AUGGCAGGUUAUGCAUUAAAGCGAUUAAUGGCUGAAUACAAGCAAUUGACGUUAAAUCCACCAGAAGGAAUCAUUGCUGGACCGAUCAGUGAAGAUAAUUUCUUUGAAUGGGAAUGUUUAAUCACGGGGCCUGAUGAGACUUGCUUUGAGAAUGGUGUCUUUCCAGCAAAGAUUGUUUUUCCUCAGGAUUACCCUCUCUCUCCGCCAAAAAUGCAAUUUACUUGCGACAUCUUUCAUCCGAACAUCUAUCCGGACGGACGUGUAUGUAUUAGCAUCCUUCAUUCACCAGGUGAUGAUCCAACUGGUUAUGAAUCAAGUGCAGAAAGAUGGUCUCCAGUGCAGUCCAUCGAAAAAAUCUUACUUUCUGUAGUAUCUAUGCUUGCUGAACCAAAUGAUGAAAGCGCCGCCAACGUAAACGCAGCAAAAAUGUGGCGUGAGAAUCGUUUACAGUUCGAACGUAUUGCGGACAAUUUAGUACGGAGAACGCUAUUUCUUCCACCCAAUACUUCGUUGUAA